CCUUGAUUGUGUACUCCUUUCUAUUUAUGCCUUGCAGACUGGUCUCGUGGCUUUUCCUCUAGUGGUUGGACUAGUAGUGCCGCCCUGGUUUGCUCUGUCUUGCUUGUACUCUUGCUGACUGGUCUUCGGGCCCCUGCCUCAGAGGUUGGACUAGUCGUGCCACCCUGAGCUGUGUGUUUCUUGCUCAGCACUACCCCUUAUCUAGCCUAGGGGUGGCCCCCAGCCUGGAACCCCCGACCCCGAGUCGACAGUAUCUCAGGAUCCAAGCCGUACCAGCGAGUGGUUGCUGGUGUUCCACUGCCUCCCUUGUUACCCUGUCCAGCGAAGGACUCGCUCGCUGCGGCUGAGCUACCGCUAAGAUUUUCGGUGCACGCAAAAUGCUGCCCACUUUGCUACCAGCCCCAGUGUCUUCUUCCUUCCAUCACUCACCUCCACUCGCGCUGCAAGCUGCUAGCGGCGUGACACUAGAAGAUUGGCCCGAUGGAGGAGAGGCCACGUUAAGACCAGCUCAGCUCGCUGCACAAACGAUGCUGAAAUGGCAGGAUUGCCCGCUUAUUCCGGCGAAAAGCCCAACAGCACUGGCAGUUGCCACUGAAUCCCACUCGUCGCUUCUCGUUUUGCCACAGGGCGGCCCUUUGUGUGACCAAUAGGCGAAGAGCUCGAGUGCGCGAACCUAUCGGAAAAGCAAUUGCGUGAAUCCUUGUAUGCGAUUGGGGUUCGACUUCCGGGCCUGGGGAUCGAUCACGCGCUGCUUCUAGUGCACCCAGCAGAAAAGUUGAUCAAGGGAGGAGGAAGGCGGCACGGGAUUAUCACGAGGCCACGGAGGACGAUGACGUUCUAAUAGUUCCAGUACUGCUUCGCCUCCAGCUACCACGAUAGUUUCCAUCAGCCGUGAGCACGAGCAAGCUCCGCUAAAACCACUAGACGAGCGGCGAUAGCAGCAGCAGCAGCAGCAGCAACAGCAGCAGCGGUAGUACUGACAGCACAAGCAGUACUACUGCACGCAGAACCAUCUCGUCGUGCCGAGCUCGCUGCCGCGAGCCAGAGCCGCUCUUCCUGCUAGGGAUUUCACGACGCUACGACGCUACGACGCUACAACGCUCAGAAGCCAAUCUGGCAGGAACCCCAUCCAAGCGGCAGAUUCCCCAGCCGAGCCACCAUCAGCAGCAGCAACAUGGCGGUCAACGGGGAGCGCUACAGGGAUCACUUCAGAACGAGCCCCGACCAAGGAGGCACCUUGGCCAUCAGCCUUGGCGGCGGCGACGGCGGCAACGACGGUCGCCUGAAGCCGCGUUUCCCAUCGGCGGCUGAAGCGCAGCGUGCCAGCAACAGCAUAAGACGUGUCGUCGUCGAGUCGCCCCGCGCCGACGGGGCUUCCGCCAAAACCGCGGAACCGUCAAGCGGCCCAACCGCAGAUGAUGGCGGUGGCGGAACCGCCAGCGGUGGUGCUAUUAACGGGACAGUCGACGGUGAACAUCGUCGUACUUGUGAGGCGACGACCACGAGUCGGCGAGACGGUGCCGGCUUGGCAACGAGGACAGCAGUCUCGUCCUCGACGCCGGCUGCGGCGGCGACCGUGGAACACCCGGGCGGUCUAGAUGCUACUGUCGCCGUUGCCGCCGACAAGGAGGAGGAGGAGGAGGAGCCACUACCUGGGGGGGUCAUGGAGCUGCUCGCGUCAGCACGCAGCGGAAAAGCCGCCGCCGCGUCUCGCUCGCCUCACCCGCCACCCGGCAGUCCAAGCGGUUUCCGUCGCCCGCGCCACUUCCGCUCCGCGUCCGUGGGCGGAGCGAUCACGCCCCGCACUGCCAAGGCCCUCGGCGACAUCGGCGGGGAUUUCUCCCUCCCGCCGCUUUCCCCGCAGCCUCCGCGGCGCAAGGCGGCGCUGGUCUCCACGUCGGUGGACGGCGGAGUGCUGCUGUGGAGCCCGCCGGGCGCAACUCCCGGAGCCCCGUCCGCGAGUGUUCCCCCGUCAAGCGCGCCCCCCGCCUCUCCGCCUGCUGCGGAACGGUCCGCAACCAGCAUGGGCAGUGGUGCUGCCAUGCAGGGAGGCGCGGCGGAGAGCGAGAGCGACGAGGAUGAGUCGGGGGGGGAGGAAUGUGUGGUGACGCGCGUGCUGGAGAGAGGCGACGCGCGAGGGAGGAUGCUCAAGAUGAAGAACGCACUGAUGCAGCAGCAGCAGCAGCAGCAGCAAGAUGCAUCAGAGCAGGCGCAACGCGGGCAGGAGGCGUCCGUGAGCAGCAACACCAUUCUUCCAGGAGCUCACCAGCAGCUUGCCGGAUUCGUCGCCCAAAAGCAACUCGCGGCGCCUGUCGCGGUGGCAUCGUCGUCUGGCCGACAGCGCCUGGAAGCUAGCAGCUCGCAGCAGCGCAAGCGAGACGAUCAGCGGAACGCGUCGGGCGCAGGAGCGUUGGGCGCAGCAGCGUGGGACGUGGGCCAGGUGGGCAAGUGCAGCAAGAGCGACGACAGCACGCGUCGCCAGGACGGCAGGAGGCAGGCAAGCGCCGGCGACAGGAGAGUGGGAGCGGACUCGCGCGCAGGUGUCGCGUCCGCGUCUGCGGAUACUACUAGGCCCGGGGUGCGCCUUCCCCCCGGACUGGAACCAGACGCCUCUGCCCGCCACACGCCCACGCCCUACUCUCGCCUCUGCUCCGCUCCCUCCCUUGCGCCGCUCUCCCCGUCCCGUGCUGCGCCCCCGCUGGCGGAGCAGGGGGGGGCGUUACGGCGCGCGGGCCUGCGCAUCCCGCGGAACGCCUCCGUGCCCGACAGCCUGAGCGCCAUGGGCGCUGACCCUGUGCACCCGCUCUCCCCUCAGCCGCGCGCGCGAAUGAUUCCGCGGAACGCCUCUGUGCCCGGCGACCUCGACGCCAUGGACGCGGUCUCCCCGCCCUCCGCGGACCUCCCCCCGCAGUCGCCGCAGCUCCCGCCGCGCAAGUCGAGCCGCUCCGUGUCAUUCGAGAUCGGCGUGGUACGGGCCCCGCGGCACUCGGGGCUGCUCCCCGUAGGCUGGCCCCGCAGUGCUCCCGCAACCCUCGCGCUCUCCGUCUCUCCCGCCGCUGCCGCUGAUCCUGCUGCUGCUGGCGCGGGACGGUCGGACAGGAGCGCGGGCAGUAGUGCGGGGAGUCAGUCGGCUGGGACGGAAGGCGCGGGGAGCGAGGGGGAGUCGAGCAGUAGGGAGUCGGGGGGGGAGGAAUGCGUGGUGGCGCGCGUGCUUGAGCGAGGCGACGCGCGAGGGAGGAUGCUCAAGAUGAAGAACGCACUGAUGCAGCAGCAGCAGCAGCACAAAUGGCAUGAGGCAGCAGGCCAGUCACCGCGCAGGCAGCAGCAAGCUCCUGCCAGCGACAGCAUUCCCACACCACACCUGCCGUCCGCCUCCGUUGUCGAGUCCCCGGCGCACCUUUCAUCCGCACUAAGGCGUGGCGCGCAGGUCAUCCCGCGGAUCGCUUCCGCGCCAGACAGUUUCUCCAGCACCAGCUGCGCAAGCCUGGCGCCGGCCCUGGAUGGAGGCAUGAUCGCCGGGGGUGGAGGACGAGGCGCAGUGGGCGCAUCAACCGCCCCGCAGAACGGCCUCCCCCUCACUGCGCCGCUCCAGAGGAAACCCUCCGCUUCGCCUUCCGCCGAAGCCCCUGCCGUGCUGCACCCCACCCACCGCGCCUCCCUGUCCCCCCCGCCCGCCUCCCCUCAUCGUUCCUCCCCGCACCACCCGCAUUUUCUGGUCCCCCGUAGUUCGUCCACCGGCGCACCUCUCGCGCCACUGCCGCGCACCACGCUUUCUGCGCAGGCGUCCCCGCGUGCGUCCCCGCGCGCAGCCUCGUUCACGUCGUCGUUCGUGCAGCCGCACGGGAGCGCGUGGCACCGGCCGCCGAAGCAAGCAGCAGCAGCAGCAGCGAGCGCGCAUGCUUCCCACCCGCGGGCGCUGUCCCUGGACGUCUCGGGUGUGUGGGCCCCUGUGGAAGGUGUUGGUGCUAGUGCCGGUGCCGGUGCAGAUGGCAGUGCCGGGCAUUCUCCAGCCUCAAGGGCUCGAGGCCUCUAUUCAAGUGAAGCUUCCCCGCGUAAACCACCAAAUAUUUCGGCCACGCGCCUGGUAGAAGCUGGAGUGGGGAGGCGAGGAGUAAUGGAAGCGCACGGACAUGGUGAGACAGCUGCAGGGGGGCAGAUCAGGGCUAGCAGGGCUGGUGUUGCUCUGGUGUCCCCACGUGGCAGUGCCAGUGGUACUCACACUGCGGAUGGUAACCGGUGGUCCUCUGGGGGUAACCCGGCUGCUCUUGGUGGUAACCAGGCCGCUCUUGGUGCUAACCAGGCACUUGCUGGUAAUCAAAUCCGUAACCAUGGGCACACUCGCAGUCGCAGUGUCGGCACUGUUGGAUACGAGGCCACUGGGGAUGGUGCGAGGUUCCCCCCUCCUGCUGACGUUUCUGCCUUGAAGCAAGCCCUGAUUGGUAGCCCGAGGGGCCUUGCAAGCGGAGCCCGGAGGGGUGGGACAGGGUGGGCAAGCAGGGGAGGGGGGAUGCCAAGAGCAGGAGGGGUGGCAGCAGGGAGAGCGGGGAUGGGGAGAGGAGCACAAAGCGGCGGGCGUUCUUUUGAUUCCCUGAUUCCAUCCAUGAAAGCACCCUCUCCUGAUCUUACCACUGAUGCUGCACCGUCUGCUUCUACUGCUCUUGCUGCUGCUGCUUCACCUGUCACUGCUUUUGCUCCUCAGGAUAUGCCUGCCCCUGCUGCUGCUAGCACCGCUGCUCCCUCCUCUGCUGCGGCUUCUACAUCGAACCCUGCUCUCGUCCCUUCCCCUGCCAGUGCAACAACAGCGGCACCCAAGGCUCCCUCUUCCACUGCAGCUUCACCCUCACUCUAUGCCCCCCUCUCUGCUGCCACCCACCUCAGGCCUCCCACACCGUCCAGCCACACAUUGUCUGCUUACACAGGGAUCACCCUGUCACGAAUCUCCCGCAGCCACACCACCUCAGAUGCGCCUGUUGCUGCUGCUGGCGCUGCUGGUGCUGGCAAUAACCCAAGCGGGCACAGAAGGACCUGGUCUGACUCCCUGGCCCUUCCUAGCGCCAACCCACGCACACCUCUUCCUCACAGUACCAGUGCUGCGUCUUCUGCAAGUGCAGCUGUAGCUAAUUCUGCUGCUGCAGCAGGCGCAGGUGUGGGUGGCCCUGCUGCAGCAGCUGGGGCACGAGUGAGCGCUGGGUGUGUGGAUGGGCCUAUGAGCACUCUGGCCAUCAGCAGCAGCAGGGGGGGCGCCCUCAUGGUGAGUGGCCGGACCAGGAGCAAGUGGGUCCCAGGCACAGGGGCUCCCCAUAUCACCACUGCCACUAUCGCCCAAGCCUGCAAGGGAGGCCAAGUGGUUUUUGAGUACCAGCAGAGGCGGCCGCCGCCCAGCAACGAGUCUUAUCCAAGCGCUGCCACUAUUGGCACCACUGCUCCUGUUGCCUCUGCUGCUAUCAUCCGUUCGCCUGUUCCUGGUGUUGCUGGUGUUCCUGCUGGUGCUGGUGGUGUUGCUGCUGCUGGCGCUGCUGUUGGCGGCAAUAACAUCAGCAGGCACAGAAGGGCUCGGUCUGACUCGCUGGCCAUUCCCAUCGCCAACAUCAUGCGCACACCUCUUCCUGACAGUACCAGUAGUGCUGCUGCUGCUGCUGCUGCUGCUGCUGCUGGGGGAGCACGUGUUGGUGAGCCUGCAGUUGCAUCUGCCCGCAUCACCCAAGGCUGCAAGGGAGACCACUUGGUUUCUGAGAAUCAGCAAGGGGGGACGCCGCACAGCUAUGACUCCUUUUCAAGAACUGCCACAAUUCGCGCCGAUACUGGUUGCGAUCGCCGUUCAGCUGGUGCUGCUGGUGGUGCUGCUGCUGUCAACCGUUCGCCUUUUCCUGGUUUCAACGGGGCGCAUUCCAUGAGCUCGUCAUCAGUUCCCCAGUGCACUGCCCCAGAGCCCCACAUGCCGCCACUGGUCAAGGCAGGAAGGAGUGUGAGUGGCAGCGGCAGCAGCAGCUCCCGCACAAGCAGCAGCAGUCACAGCACCAGCGGUGGUGGGAGCUCCAUUGCUCGCAACACAGAUACAGGAAGAGGGAAUGCGGGGAGAAGAGGAAUUGGAGGAGGAGAAGGCGUAGGAGGAGGUGGUGGUGGUGGGUGGAGGGAUCCUGGUAGCAGCAUAGACAGCAGCAGCGGUGGGCGAGGGAGUGCGAAUGACAGCAGCAGCAGUGCAUGCACCCCCACCACCAUGGCCAGCAGCAUGGCCUCAACUAGCACUUCCGAACACCACUCUAGCAGAAACACCACCUCCCAGCCUCCCGCGUCAAGCCACCCCGCGGCCCAAGAGACGCUGCUAGGUACGGUUGUGAACCAUGUGAUGGCACACCUGCAGUACCCGCGCUCCUACUCCGAGCCGUUAGCUUCGUCCUCGGAGGUAAGGCACACCAUGGUUCACAGGAAGAGCCGGUUCCACAUGCACCGGAUGCGCAGGGAGCAAGUGAAGGACUUGAACUUGGCCGGUAGCUCAGAGGAGGAAGACGAGCGUGAGGAUGGGGAUGAAACGAGCGAAGCUAGUGGCAGUGGGAAUGAGGAGAGCGGUGAGAGUGGGGAGAGAAAGGAGAGAGAGGGGAGAGAGCAACGCCCCCGAGUGAAGGCUGCGGGCCAGCAGAGGAGCAGAGAGGCGGUGGCAGCCCGCUACCCUCUUGCGGCUCUAGCUUCCCACAUUCCUCGCUCCCACAGUGACUCCACCCAGCAAGGAACCUCCCUCGUGCUCCAAAACUCCCCCUGUAUUGGCCGUGACCCAUCCCAAGGCAUGUACGUGCCUGGCAGCAGCAGCAAGAGUCACAGAGGGAGUGGCAGUGCGUGGAGGGGCAGAGAGAAAAGCAACUGCAUGGGCGGUUGGUCACCCAACGGCUCACCUACGGCCUCUCCUUGCGACUCCCCUUGGUCCUGCUCACCCGCAUCCCCCCCUCAAAUGUCUCCUGGAGCGUCACCAGGAAGGUCAGCAGGAUCUCCCAUGUGCCUUGAUCCCCCUGUGCACAUCAAGAGGAGCCCCUUGAGCCCUCUCAGUGCCCCGGGGGCUGCUGGUACUGCAGGUGAACCUGGAGUGGGGGGCCACAGGGGAACAGUGGGAGGAGAAGCAAGAGUGCUAAGGAAAGAUAGAGGGAUGGGAGUGCGGAGGAGGAGGAGGGCGGAGAGCUGGGGAGGUGUGGAGGAUGAUGAUUAUUGGGGGAAAGAGAUGUGGCAGCCUUUGGUGGGGUCAUCACCAGCAGGGCCAACAUCCCCACUAGGUGCACAAGGACGCACUGAAGCAGAGGAAUGGGAAAUAGGAGGUCGCGGUGCCACACUAGGUGGCAGCACCAGGGGGCAAAAGCACAGUGAAGUGCCAGUGCUGGGCAGAGCCCCUGCUCCUGCAACGGCUCAGGACAAGCACACCCUUUCCAACUGUGCUGGCUCUGGCUGCGGCUAGAGCUGCAAGGAGUGAAGCAAAGAGGAAGGAACAUUCUAGGAAGUGAGUAGACGCAAGAUGUCACGACGCUAGUGCUUUGUUCCAUUUUUUCCCCUUGUUUUGUCUCGCCCGUUUUCUAAUUGUAUGCCUUGAUGACACAUU